GGAAUUUAGAGCGGCACACCGCUACGGAGUCGCACGAGCGCGGGACAUGGGGAGAGAUUGAUGAGAGGAGCCGCGGAAAAGGAAUAUCCCUAGGCGCCUAGGGACUAUCGAUUUAUUUCAACGUUGAGAGAGAUGCAGGUAUCGAUUAGUAUAAUCGAUAGCGCGACGAAAACUCGAUGCUCGACUAGACUUUUGGCCAUGUUCUCCUCGGGUGUCAUUGCACGUGUAACUGUGCGCUGUCACCUUGUGAGUCAGCAAAAAGGGAAAGGAAUUAUUGGUAAUUCGCUACAGCGACUGUUACUAGCGAGUAGCAUCGGAAACGGUAAAACGCGGGCCGCGCGUUACAGUACAAGUGAAAUCGCGAAUAACGAGUCGACCGCAGCGAUGUCGAGCAAGGAGAAAAAGCCCUUUUGCCGCCUACCGUCGUGCGUGCGUCCUUAUCAUUAUGAUAUUUCACUGACGCCGGAUCUCACGACUUUCACUUUCGACGGUACCGAGAAAGUACACCUUAACGUGGAAAGCACUACAGAUACCAUUAUAUUGAAUUCGUUGGAAAUUCAUAUAAAAGAUGCAACCUUUAACCAAACCGAUGGUAAAAUCAUUCCUGUCAAGAAAAUUGAACUGUCUGCAGCGGAGGAAACGGCCACAUUGGUGUUUUCCAAAGUUCUGCCGCUUGGUAAAAGCGGAUACUUACAUUUAGAUUUUGUGGGUGAAGUCAACGAUAAAAUGAAAGGCUUCUAUAGGAGCAAGUAUACUGGGGAAAAUGGUACCAUUGAGUAUGCGGCAGUUACUCAGUUCGAGCCAACAGAUGCUAGACGUUGCUUCCCAUGUUGGGACGAACCAGCGCUCAAAGCUACAUUUGACAUUGCCCUAAAAGUACCGAUCGGUCUUAUGGCACUUUCCAAUAUGCCUGUAAAAAGCAAAGUUACAAAUGGCACACACGAGACACUGACUUUUGAGAGAACGCCCAUCAUGUCGACGUACUUAGUGGCUGUGGUAGUGGGCGACUUUGAUUACAUAGAAGACACGUCGAGUGAUGGUGUAUUAGUUCGAGUUUAUGUGCCGAAAUCGAAGAAGGAACAGGGCCAGUUCGCACUGGAGGUAGCUACCAAGGUGUUGCCGUAUUACAAGACUUAUUUCGGUAUUGCGUAUCCUUUGCCGAAGAUUGAUCUCAUAGCAAUCGCUGAUUUCUCAUCCGGCGCCAUGGAAAACUGGGGCUUGGUCACGUAUCGUGAGACCUGCCUGCUCGUGGACCCGCAGAACACGUCGGCGGUGCGGAAACAAUGGAUCGCACUGAUAGUAGCGCACGAAUUAGCGCAUCAAUGGUUCGGCAAUCUCGUCACGAUGGAAUGGUGGACGCACUUAUGGCUUAACGAAGGCUACGCCUCAUUCGUCGAGUUUCUCUGUGUCGCUCAUUUGUUCCCGGAGUAUGACAUAUGGACGCAAUUCGUCACGGACACGCAUAUCCGGGCGUUGGAGCUGGACGCACUGAAAAACAGUCAUCCGAUCGAAGUACCAGUCGGCCAUCCGUCGGAAAUCGACGAGAUUUUCGACGACAUAUCGUACCACAAGGGCGCCUCUGUAAUCCGUAUGUUACAUGCGUACAUAGGCGACGAGGACUUUAGGUCAGGCAUGAAUCUAUAUCUAAAGCGGCAUAGCUACGCCAACGCGGAAACCGAAGACCUGUGGGCUGCGUUAGAAGAGGCCAGCAACAAGGCUGUACGUCGCGUGAUGUCGUCGUGGACUAGCAGGCAAGGAUUCCCAAUCGUCAAGGUGGAUCAUCGCCAAGAUGGCAACAAUAGGAUCAUAUCGUUGUCGCAGGAGAGAUUUCUGGCUGAUGGAACAAUAGAUAGCGAUAACACAUGGAUCAUACCAAUAAGCGUGAGCUGCUCGCAGGAUCCGAGCAAAACGAUAUUCAACGAUAUAUUGGACGCGAAGAAUAAGGAAUUUGUAAUCAAGGAUGUGCCUGAGGGCACAUGGCUGAAGAUUAAUCCCGGUACAAUUGGCUUCUACCGGACACGUUACAGUCAGUCUGCUAUAUCGCUUCUGUUACCUGCCAUCAAAGAUCAUACGUUACCUCCGUUGGACAGACUCGGUUUGCUGGAUGAUCUCUUUGCGAUAGUCCAGGCAGGUCAUGCGUCCACCGUCGACGUACUUGAGCUCAUGCGAGCGUUCCAGCGUGAGGGCAAUUACACCGUAUGGGCUAGUAUAGGGAACAUCCUAAGCAACAUCAACACCCUUAUUUCGCAUUUAGACUUUGAAGAUUCCCUCAAAGCAUUCGGAUGUAACUUAUUCCGCGAUAUUAAUAUCAAACUAGGUUGGGAUCCUAAGCCAAACGAAAGUCAUUUGGACACGUUGCUCAGGUCCCUCGUGUUACAUCGUUUGGCUGCUUUGGACGAUAAAGAUACCAUCGAGGAGGCAAAGAGAAGAUUUGAGCUACACGUAAAUGGCACGACGACACUUGCUGCUGAUCUGCGCAGUCCGGUUUAUCGAGCUGUACUGUCCGUAGGUGACGCAGACACUUAUGAAACAAUGCUGAAGCUGUACAAAGAUACUGAUCUCCAGGAAGAAAAGGAGCGGAUCCUGCGGGCACUUGGUGUGGUAAAAGACGAGGCUCUGUUGAAAAAGGUUCUGGACUUCUCCAUGAGCGAGGAAGUUCGUGCUCAGGAUACGGUAUUCGCGAUCAUGUCGGUGGCUCUGUCAUACAAGGGACGCAUCAUGGCGUGGAAUUUCUUCAAAGAGAAAUGGAAGAUCCUGUUGGACCGUUACGAGGGCGGAUUCUUGCUGGCCCGGCUAGUGAAGUUUACCACAGAGAACUUCGUCACCGAGGAACAAGCCAAAGACGUAGAAAGCUUUUUCGAGAGCCACCCGACUCCGGGCACGGAGCGCACGGUACAACAAUGCGUAGAGUCCAUCCGACUGAAUGCCACGUGGCUUGCUCGGGAUAAGGACUCGAUCAAAAAGUAUCUGAUCGCUCAAGUUUAGGAAACACAGGUCUUGUCUUUUCCUUGUUACCAUAGUUCGGAACCGUGUGUGAAUUGUAUUAUCGCGCGAGUAUCUUGUAACUUGAUAUUAUGACUUUGGCGAUUUUGGGCAAUCAGAACGCAGAAACGGUAUCUUGUGUACGAGAUAAUAACCCGCUAUUAAGUGUAUGCAUGUAUUGGAUAAAAAAAAUGUUUUUGAUGUUGAUUGAACAGCUCCUUGAUUGAGAGAAUGAGUGAGAGAGUACAACUGUUUUGUAUAUCUAUUAUAUUUGAUCGAGUCAUUUUGAGUAAAUGCAGCAGUUUUACAGUAUUUUUAUGCGUUUGAUUCCUAACACGUUAAUUGUCACGUUGGUCACCCGUGACCGGAGCUUGUCUUUUCAGAGCCCUGGUAGUUAUCAGUGAUCGGAGUUACGAAAUUAUUUCGAAUGAUUAAAAUAAUAAAUAAUCGAAUAUCAUCGACUAAAACAUUUUUAACAACGUAAAUGACUAGACAAUAUUAUGAAAUAAAAAGUGCACUAUUCAAUAAUUAAAUGUUUUUAUUAAAACAAUAUUUUAUAUAAAUUAAAUAUUACGAUGUACUCUGUGGCCCGCAGGGCAAAACAUACAAAACUUGCGUGGCAGUGAACGUGUUAAUUGAUAUGUUCAUUGCACUAUAUGCAAUCAUGUCUCACACUCAGAAUUAGGAAAUUUCUUUCUAAGCAAAAACAAAUAAAUUUUCUUUGAAUCUGAUA